UAAAAGUAAGGUUAUGUCAUUUGGUGUGCUGAACCAUAAUUUUAUUGGGCUUUUUUUUGUUUUCCCAUUUUAUAUUGUAAAAAAUACAUAUAUUUUAUAAUAAUAGUUACGUAAAAAAAUGUCAACCUCAAGUGAAGAUGUAUUAUUGCAAGUGCCAAGUGUCAGAUAUAAAAAAGGUGAUGGAAGCCUUUUUCUAAUGGAUCAAAGGCUUAUUUGGAUGGUGGAACACAGGGACACUGUUGUAGUUUCACACUCAUAUGCUGAUAUUAAGUCCCAAAAAAUCUCGCCAGAAGGAAAAGCCAAAGUACAACUUCAAGUCGUCCUACACAAUGGAGUCUCUUCUACAUUUCAUUUCACGAAUACCAAGGGUCUACAAGCACAAUUGGCCGACAGAGAUAAAAUUAAAGAUAUGCUACAAACAUUACUACCCAAAUUUAAGAGAAAAGUUGACAAAGAGCUAGAAGAAAAAAACAAUUUGUUGUCAACUAAUCCCAUUUUGUUCCAGUUGUAUAAAGAUUUGGUUAUGACUGAGGUAGUAAGUUCUGAAGAGUUUUGGACUCAGCAUGCUCAGCAACAUUUGCAGAAGAAAAAGCAAGCUCCACAAGAAAUUGGAGUUUCUGGCGCAUUCCUAGCAGAUAUCAAGCCACAAACUGAUGGCUGUAAUGGUCUAAAAUACAAUAUUACCCCUGAUAUUAUUGAGUGCAUUUUCAAAACAUACCCAGCUGUGAAGAAGAAAUAUUUAGAAAAUGUUCCCAAUAAAUUAACUGAGGCUCAAUUUUGGACUAAGUUUUUUCAGAGUCACUAUUUUCACAGAGAUCGAAAAUAUGCAGAAAAUAAAGACCUAUUCACCGAAUGUGGUAAAAUCGAUGACCAAGAAUUGAAAAAAGAUAUUCAAGCAGGAGUAAAAGAUCCUCUAGUCAAUCUAACUGAGUUUGAAGACAAAACCCUAGAAGAAGGUUAUGGAACAAGUGCAGAAAAACCUUCUAGUACUAUUGGUACUGCUAGCCAAGCAAUGAUUAAGAGGUUUAACCAGCAUUCUAUUAUGGUAUUAAAAGCAACGAAAAAUAAAGCACAUGAUACUCAAUCUUCUGAAGGGUCUCAACAAGUUAGUGACAGUAGUAGCUUUGAAGCGGCGGGCGAACCUAUCAACAAAAAGCAAAAAAUUUUGGAAAAAAUCACGUAUGAUGAUCUAGAAGGGGAGGACAACCAAAAAAAUGGAAAUGUUCACUUAAACUUGUCAAAGGUUGAGAGAUAUCUUCACGGUCCAAUGCCAGACGCAGGAGGUGAACAUAUAAAUUCCAACGAGUCUGCGCAUUUGACGCGCAGCGUCUUACAAGAAGCGAGACAAUGGCAAGCUAGACCGCAUGCGCCGAACUUUAAUCUAGUGACGCCUUCAGCUGCCAUUAUGGCCUUGGGAGAUCUGUCUCCAGGUGGUGCCCUUAUGAGGGGAUUCCAAGAACAGUCUCUUGCACAACUAGUACCGCCACAUAUAGAAAAAGACUUGAGGAAUCUAUAUUUAGCUCUGUGCGAGCUUUUGAGUCAUUUUUGGAAAGCAUUUCCGCCAACCACUCCGAAUGGGGAACAGCACCUUAUAAAAAUGAAUGAAGCUUUGCAAAGGUUUCAAACUGUGAAGCUAAAACCCUUUGAGGCAAAAUUAAUUAGAGAAUUGACUCCUCUUUCGCAGCAACUGACAAAACAUCUUAAUCAGCUCCUAAAUGCGGCUUAUCAAAAAUUUAGUACUUGGCAAAAAAUGAAAGCCAGGUAGUUUUAGUUUUUUUAGCAAUAAUUCUAAAAUUAUAUAAGGUUUGGUAGAGAAAAACGCCUUAAUUUUUUAUUAUAUACCUUUUUUAUGGCUCUAAAAUGUAUGUAUUUAUUCUUUUAUAAAGCAACAAUACGCAAUUACUUAAGAUAUUUUUGUUCUGUUUAUAAUUCUUAUAAUGCUUUUAGUUUUAAAAUAUAUAAAAAAAGCAUUUUUAUUGUUUCAAAAAAAGCAUAAAAUUAUAAUUUAAAAAAAAAACCUUUUAAAUAAAGAAAUUGAUACUUAAUCUUUGUUUUAAAAUACACUUAAGGCAACUAAUCAGUAAACUGAAAUUUAUUAGUAACUUACUAUUAAAAGAGUUUAUACCUCUUUUAAAAAGUUCUUUAUUGCCAUUGUUAAUGGUAAGAAUCUCUAUACGUAUAUUUAAGAUAUACAGAUUGGCAAAUGGAUCACUACACAUAUAAAGUUAACAUUAUAAAAAACCAGAAAAUCAAACUCAAAGAAUAUAUUAAACCUAAUAAAUAAUUCUUUAAAUAAAAAGCUCAAAAGGCCUCCUUUUUUAGCUAAACAAAAGGUUAGCUUAUCAUAAAAGCUGUGUCUUACUUCCAAAAGAAUUUGAGGUAAAAUGGCAUUGGCAGAUUCAACAAUUUUGUUUCUCAACUCCUCUAAAUUCGUUGGCCUGCUAUUAUGAUGUUUAUAAAUAGCUCCUGAAGAUAACCCUACAAAUAAGAGUCAUUUAUUGACAAAACUUCUGUGUUCGUUUUCUUGAAACCAGUAACGAACAAUGGAAGGAUUGUGUUUACCAUGCAAUGGAAAAGAAGACUCGUCUAUAAACAAAGUAUUUUCUAAGAAAUUUUCAUUUUCAUUUGCCUUUUUCAUCAUAUUUUCAAAAAAUUCUAUUCUUCGUCACUGGUCUUCAGGAAACAGUUGCUAUUUAUAAAGCAUGUGUUUAGUCUUCUAUUCGCCAACCUGUUUAUAUUAGUGCGGCAAACUAUUUUUUUAAGGCAUUAGGUAUUUUUACAAAAUUAUGUAAAUUGGUACAAUUAACAUAAUUUAGUAUAUAAUAAUACUAUACAGGGUGUCCCAAAAGUGAUGGAUCAAACUCAAACAGAGGAUAGAGGGAGUCAUGUUCAAUCAAAAUCACCCCCUAUGUUGUUAUGCAAUUGGGAAUAGUUUAAAAGUUAUAGCCAUUUUUAUGUAUUUUUUAAAUUCAAGCACACUGUCAAAUAAAAGCUUAUAAAAAAAUUAUACAGUGGAUUAAACAAUG